AUGCGUGCCCUUCGGUUUCAUGGUCCUGGGGAUCUUCGCCUCGAAAAUGAUAUCAAUGAGCCUCUUUGUGGGAAAGAUCAAGUAAAGAUUCAGCCGAGCUUCGUGGGAAUAUGUGGUACAGACCUUCAUGAAUAUUCCUCCCCUACCUUCAUUCCAUCCAAGGAAAAGCCACAUCCUGUGACGGGGGAGUCAAGGCCUGUUACCAUCGGCCACGAAAUAUCAGGCAUUGUCGUUGAGGUUGGGUCAGAAGUCAAUCCUGAUUUCAUUUCACUGGGAGAUAAGGUUGCAGUCCAGUCUACAAUCUGCUGUUUCAACUGUACGUUCUGUAAAGAAGAGAAUUAUAACUGCUGCAUAAAAGGCGGGUUUAUUGGACUUUCAGGUGGCGGAGGAGGCAUGAGCGAUUUCCUCUGCGUCAAUUCCAAGUUUGUUCACAAACUGCCGCCAGGUAUUGGACUGGAUAUCGGUGCCCUCGUCGAGCCUUUAGCUACUUCCUGGCGAGCAGUAACUGAGAGCGGCAUUCGGCCAGGAGACCACGUUCUCAUUUUCGGGGCAGGUCCACUCGGCCUUGGAGUCAUUCAAUGCUGCAAAGCAAGAGGAGCCAAAAAAAUUAUUGUCGCGGAAGUCUCAUCUCGACGCCAAAUGCUCGCCCGAGAAUUUGGAGCCACACAUGUUGUAGACACAAAUGAGGAAGACAUUGUGAAGGUGGCUCGAGAUCUCAGUGACGACGGACAGGGUCCCCAAAUCUCAAUUGACUGUGCAGGACUUGCCGUUACUUUGAAGUCAGCUUGCCUCGCAACGAGGCCAAGGGGAAUCGUCGUAAACGUUGCGAUCUGGGAGAAGGCUGUUGAGUUUAACCCCAACCUUUUGGUUUUUGGAGAACGCAGAUACCACUCGGUUCUAGGCUAUUCGCGGGAAGAUUUUCAAGGUGUGAUCCGGGCUAUUGAAGCUAGGCUGCUGACCCCACAAGCCAUGAUUACAAGGACUAUCUCUAUUGAUAGAGUAGUUGAAGACGGAUUUUCUGCUUUGAUACAGCAUAAGGAUCGAGAAGUGAAGAUACAAAUCGACAUGAGCAAGUGA